UUCUGGUCCCAGGAUUGUGGGGGUCUCUCGCACAGUGCAGGGGAAGGAGACCAGACCGGCCGCUCUGGGAGAAUGGGAGCAGUUGUGCGGAUAGCGGCGCUUGUGGGGGCCUUCAUCAGCUGCAACGCCCUCCUGGAUCUGUCUGGUAUCCACCAGGUUAAGGGCACGUGGAUGGGAUCCACCACUUUACCGUGUACCUACCUGCCCUCAGAAGGUUUCACACAGCAAACACUCAUCUGGAGCAUGGAGCGAGACUACGGCACCUCUGCUAUCUUCCGGAGAGACGAGUCCGGUGACCAUGUCUUGCUAUCUCAGUUCCGAGACCGGGUCAGCGUCCCAAAGCACAGCCCAGGGAACGCCUCGCUCCUAAUCGAGAGCCUUGAAAUCCCCGACAGCGGACACUACACUUGUUGAGUCACCUGGAGGUCUACAAAUAACAGCUUGAUAACAAAGGAGGUGACCACUACGGUUAAAGUUGUCAAAGUUGCAGUGACCAAGCCCGUCAUCAGGGCCGGCGAGCUGGGGCUGAAGAGGCCCAGCCUGCCGUGGGGGGCCAGCGGGCCCCCCCCCAUCAGCUACCGCUGGUUCAGGAGCGCCCCGGGAGGGAAAGCCCUGCUCCUGAGCAGCCAGGCCGAGCUAAGGUGGGACAGCCUCCAGCCCUCCGACGCCGGGAAGUACUACUGUGAGGCAGCGAACAGGGCUGGGGCCGGGGCUGCGCAGCGGAGCGACGCCGUGGAGCUGACGGUGGGAGAGUCCCCAGUCACACAGCAGCCCAGCCCUGAGACCAGCAGGCACAGCAGACCCCCGCUUACCCCCCGAGCCGAUGUGCCCCGGCAAGGGCCCACGGGUGAGUGGCCUGGGCCGCAGGGGAGGGGCUGCUUUCGCCCUGGCACUCUGCGAGUGAUGGAGAGAGUGGGCAGGACAACCCUGCUUGAUGUUCCCUUCGGGCUGCAGGUCCUCUUUGCAGGCGGGAUAGAAACAGUCCCCCCCGGGCGCAGGUACAGGGCUACCAGGGACCUGGCUGGGGAGGGGGGACACAAGUGCCACCCGCUGCCUGCAAGCCUGCUGGCAGAACACGCACAGGACGACACAUCGGAGAUAAAAAUCUGGCUUGUCACUCCAAGAGCAGAUCUGCCCCCAGCAACGCUGAUCUCCGGGAGGGAUGCUGUCUCGGAGGGGUCCCCCAUCUCCACGGAGCCUCUCUAUGAAGUUGCUUUCCAUAGCACUGCAGACAGCACGAGAUUGGAGACUGAAGUGGAAGUCCCUGUUAAGUGCCUACGCACGGAGACAAAUUCUGAGACCGAAACAUCCAAUGACACUUUCACCGUGAAGGACAACAGCUGUGACAGCAUAUGCAUCGGGAACAACUCUGAGUAUGAGAACCUUGUGACUGCAAUGGAAUUGGAGUACGAAGCAGAAAAAAUUUAGCUGAGCACCAACUUCUCCACAUGAGCAGCCAUGCAGGGCUGCAGACACCAAGUGGUAACCUUUAGCAAAGGAAACUCUUCUUCCUGUCUGCCUUCUGCUCUGGUUAAUGUACCGGUCCCACUGCUUUCUUUAACCCAGGGGAAAUGCAUAACCUUCCUGGGCUUUGGCAAAUGAGGCCCUGCCCGUUGGCGCAGAACCCCUCAGCCAAGCGGUUACCUACCUACUUCUAUAGAGCAAGUAACUUCUGAGCAGCCUGAAGGGCCAAGGCGAGGACGAGGGCAUCUGAAGGAGCGGAAGCCCAAAUGCCUUUAGCCUGGAAAUCAAGGUGUAGCUGGGUGCAAUGCUGCCGGCCCAUAACACCAGCAAGGUGUGCUCUCAAGCCUGCGUGCCCCUGCUAGCCCAUCCCAGACUGCGAGGAGCCAGGGGCUGUGCUGGAAGCAGACGUCCCCUGGCUUUUACAGCUCAACUAACACUGGUUGUACGUCCUGCUUGCCCUUGCUUGCUUUUUUGUUAGAGCAUGGUAAAGGGACUGCAGAAGGGGUUGAUGUCCCAGGAAUGUCAUUUUUGCUGUCAGGCUGCAGCUCAUGGAUAGAGGACGAGGGAACGUCCCUGUAGGUGAUGAGCCUCCUCACUGCCACCCUCUGGUUUUCUCCUGGAAAAGCAGAAUUGGUGUUGAAGGAAAUGCUAGCGUUUCAUUUUUACAGUGUGGGGGGCAGAGGCGUAAUAAAAGAGAGGGAAAUUUGAGGCAUUUGGAAUAACGAUUGAGCAAGGGUCCUUCCUGGACGCAGCAGACUGACAGGGAUGCGCUCUGUGGGACACCGAGUCGGCCUGUCUGAUUACAACAGAGUAACGCUGACCUGUGUUACGGGGAUGCUGUCAGUGCUCGUGCUUGUAAAACGCCUUGAGAAGCGCUUGGUCAGUACAACGUAUUUUCUUUCUCAGGGCAAAUACAAAAGGCUUCGAAGGAUUUUGUUGCAUAUGAAUUCUGACUUCCUUGGUGUUUCACCGUUCAGCGCUGCCAUUUUUACGUUGCCUGCAAAUUUAUGCUUUUUCUCGGUUUUCUGAUCUAACUCUGCGGAACGGGCAGGGGUGCAGUCAUGGCCAUCGUUUGACUUGGAUGUUUGACUUGGGUUUGCCUUUUAAAGAGGAGAGGACAGGAGGGGGGGCAUCUGGUCAGCCCCCACCAGCCCCCUUGCACCUCACCGCAGCCCCCAAAGCCAGUCGACAGGGUCUGGGUGCUGCCUCCAGAUGCAAAGUCACAAACCUGCCACUGCCUGCUCCUGCGGUGAGAGCCCGGUAAGGCCCUGAGCUCCGUGGUGACAUCAGGCUGAGGCCUGGCGUCGGUGGGAAAACGUCAUUUCCGUGAGCUGGUUGGGAGCAUCAGUGCUUGAGCUGGGUGCGUUUAGGGCUGAAGGUUUGCCAGUAGCACCCCUCUCCCAGACACUUCAGCUGGUUCUAGGGGGUUUUUUUAGGAAUUUGUCACUCACAGCAGGGUGUAAAGUGUUAUGCUACCAAAUCCCUGUCAGAAGGACACUGAGGGUGCUUAAUACCAAGUCUCCCUUCCCUGCCAGCGAACAGCCAAAGAAGAGUGGUCAUCCAGAUGACGUUACAAACUUGGCUGUGAUUUAGCUCAGGAGUUAAAAUCCUUGAUUUUAAUUUCACGCCACUGCUCCAACAUAUUGGUUUGCUCUAGCAAGCAGUUAUUUAAAAAAAAAUGUUCUGCACCUCCCUGUAUUUUUCAUCUUGGUGACUCAAAUGAAAUAUUCUCUUCCAAGUGGAAAAUAUCUCGGUGGCCAACCUGGGCCAUGGCUGAGCAUGCCACAGUCGCAGCCUUGCAGGCAGGUGACGGCUGUGUUGGCUCCGCAGGGCUGAUGGGCGCACAUGAAGCCUUGCGAGUGCGCUGCUACCCCGGUGCAUUGUGCCCCCAUGUCCUGGUUCCCUGGACCUCGUCUGAAGGACCACAGCUCCUGCCUGAGGCCAGGAGGGCAGGGGAGGAGACUAUGAGCUGCCGCAUGAGGAGGCGGCUGGGACCCGAGCAGCCUUACCCAAGGGGACAGGAGGAAGCCAACCCUCCAGGAGCAACGGGGGGUGUUUUGUGGACGUGAGGGGGGAGAGACAGGGUCCAGCUCUGCUAGUGGCACUGGAGCUCCUGUGGGAGGGAAAUGCCCUUGCUCAGCUGCAGCGCGGCAGGGCCCAGAGAGAGACACCGAGUCCAGGGAGGAUGCCCAAAGCUGAGGGCGGGCUCUGUAGGGCAGGAGAAGUGAGGCAGCGCUGCAGGUGUGUGCUCAGGAGACUGGGGAGGGGAGCGGGGGGCAAUUAUGUUCCUCCUCUUUUGGUGCUUGCAGGCUUUGGAGCUGUUUGGCCAGUGUCACUUCUAGAUCAGCUGUACUUCUACUGCUUGACUGCUCUAAAAAACCACAAGAUCAGCUUAAAAAUAAGAAGCCCCCAUGCCCUACGUUACAUUUAAGGCUCUUCCUAGAAAGUGCGUUUUGGCUUCUCCUUUUUUCCUGGUGGUUCCUGAGCUACAAGGCUAUACUUUGCAUUUCCGAGGUCUUCCUCCCAGGCAGGAGGGCCAAACUGUCUGGGCUGUAAUGCAAAGCCUGUUGCUUUCAUUAACCCUGGAUUGCAGGGUGCAGUCCUAACGAGGAGCCCCCAGGCUGUGAGCCCCAUGCUAACGGGGUGCAGGCUUUGCUGUGGGGCGUGCAGUCUGUCACUGCUGCUUAAACCCGCUCCAGGGCACCCCUGCAUCUCUGGCAAAAGUAAGGAAAACAAGAAGUUCCCUUUCAUGCAGGCAGCGAGGCUGGGUGCUCGGCUGGGUGCUCGGCCGGGUGCUUGGUCGGUCCUGCCUCCAGCUGAAGAGCGUUCCCUGCGAUGCGCUCUGUUACUCAGCAGCCUGGCGUGCUUCCUCCUCGCCAGCCGUUAGCACCUUGUGUGCGUGGGCUGCUGCUGCGUGCACUUGCCCGCCCUGUCUGCUGGAGCAGCGUCCCCCUGUCCUACAGCCUCGGCAAAUGGACUGGGAUGGGGGGCUGCCGCCUGGCUUUAGCAAAGCAAAUUUGCAGGGAGGGUUAUUGGCUUUUAUUAAAUCAGGCCGUGCAGCUGGGGGAGCAUGGGGAAGCAGAUGAGUGCUGGGUCACGCAAGCCCUCCCUCUUGGCACUGACUUGGACCCGCAUGGCUUCUGACCACGCUGCCAUCGCUCCUCCCUUCCCGGCCAGCAGCCCCACCGCAGGCUCGCCUAGCUUUUCGUGGCCCGAGCGCUGGGGAGGAGCGCUGCAUGCGUACGUUUGGUGCUCCCAAUUGCAGUGACGCUGCUGCUCCAGGACAUGUGGGGCUUGCCAGGCACCGUCAGAGAGGAACGCUAACGAAGGCGUCGCGAACGGAGCGCGGGGCGGUUGUGCUCAGCC